CAUGACGUAAGAGCUCAGUGAGUGAGUGGGCGGAGUCCUGCAGCGCCUCGCGCGCGGUAUAGCUAUAUAUAAGGCCGCCCCCAGCUUCCGAGACGCAGUCGAAGGUGUCGAGUUUGCGACAGGGAUCUUUCCUGCGGACAAUCAUGCCGGCCAAGUCAGCACCCAUUAAGAAAGGGGUCAAGGUGGCGAAGAAGGAGGCGCCGCCGUCGAAGCCCAAACCUGCACCCGAGGCUCCUCCGGCUGACGCGCCACCCGCCGAGGCUCCUCCAGUUGAAGCUCCACCCGUCGAAGCUCCUCCAGCUGUAGCUCCACCCGCCGAGGCUCCUCCAGCCGCUGAGGAAGCUCCAGUCGAGGCUCCACCAGCGGAGGUGCCCAAAGACGCCCCUGCUGCUGAAGCUCCACCAGCUGAGAUCAAAGCUCCUACACCCCCUCCUCCUGCAGAGCCCACUAGUGAGCCUCUGGAAUUAGUUGUAGAGGAUGUCAAUGAUGUUUCGGUCACUAUCCAGUGGAGACCUCCUGCUACCAUUGGGAACGCUGGCUUGGAUGGAUACACUGUGGAAUGCUGCAAGGAAGGAACUGGUGAUUGGAAGGCUGUUAAUGAGGAGCUCACCAUUUCCUGCCGUUAUGUCAUUAAGAACCAGACCACUGGUGACCGUCUGAACAUCAGGGUGGUGGCUGUGAAUGCUGGUGGCCGCAGCCCCCCUGCUACUUUACCUGAUGCCAUCCUGGUUAGAGAAGUUGUUGAUCGCCCCAAGAUUCGUCUGCCACGUUUCCUGAGGCAGCGUUAUGUGAUUAACGUUGGAGAGAAAGUCAACCUUGUCAUCCCCUUCAGUGGGAAACCCCAGCCUGCUGUCACCUGGACAAAGGAUGGCCAGCCCAUUGACACCAAGAGAGUGAACAUCCGCAACACUGACAGAGACAGCAUCUUUUUCAUCCGUGCAUCUGAGCGAGCUGACUCUGGUGUCUAUGAGAUGUGUGUUAAAGUGGAAAGCUUUGAAGACAAAGCCCAGCUAACUCUGCAGAUUAUUGAACUGCCAGGUCCACCCGGAAGUAUAAAGAUUGUGGACACCUGGGGGUUCAAUGUUGCUUUGGAAUGGACCGAGCCAAAGGAUAAUGGAAACACAACUAUCACUGGAUACACAGUGCAGAAGGCUGACAAAAAGACCGGGGACUGGUUCACAGUGCUGGAACACUAUCACAGACUGAAUGCCACUGUCUCAGACCUGAUCAUGGGAAAUACUUACAGUUUCAGGGUCUUCUCUGAGAACAAGUGUGGAAUCAGCAAUGACGCCGCUGUUACAAAGAACUUUGCUACCAUCCAGAAGACAGGUAUUGACUAUAAACCACCAGACUACAAGGAACACAACUUCAGCGAGGCCCCCAAGUUCACCACCAACAUGCCAGACCGCUGCGCCACUGUGGGCUACACCACUAAGCUGCUGUGCUCCGUCAGAGGAUUCCCUAAGCCGAAGAUUCAGUGGAUGAAGAACCAGAUGAUCAUCGGUGAUGACCCCAAGUUCAGGCAGUUAAACAACCAGGGCAUCUGCUCUCUGGAGAUCCGCAAGCCCGGUAACUUUGAUGGCGGUGUGUACGCCUGCAAGGCCAUCAACGAAUAUGGUGAGGCGGUUGUCUCCUGCAAGCUGGAGGUCAAACAACCAGUGAAUCCUGAUGCUGAUAAGAAAUAAGUCCCAAAUUAGGAGCAGCAGGAUCACAGUUUGCUCAAAAGGAAUUUUGAAGACACCGUUUGCUGACGCAAAAAACAACAACCACCACCCAUGAACUGUACAUAUAAAGAAAAUAACCAGAGACAUUUAUCGUCUUUUUCUUAUGUAACACUUCGACUCACAAAUAGAGCACAUCUAUUAUAUAGGUACAUCAUCGACUGCCUAUGGUUGAGACAACUGUUUACUUGUUUCUAUUUAUGUAUGUAUCUUCUGAUACCUAGCACUGUCCUUAUGUUUAAGACUGAUCAAUUUUUGCCUAUGAAAGGGAUCAUGUGCAGAAAAAGUGAAGCAUUUCAGUGUUUGUUAAAAAUAAAUUCAUGCCUUCAA